GCCGAUUUAAUUUCCCAAUCGGCUCCUUACUUCUGCCUCCAUCCCCGGCUUCCAUUUCCUCCAGAUUCCAACAACUGAACGCCGCCGCUGCCGUAUCGGAAACCGAUCGAAACCCGCCAUGGAGGUUCAGGCAGUUGCCCCGACGGCUCCGCAUCUAAACGGCUUGAAGGGCGACUUCGAUCCCAUCGCCAUCGUACGAGCGGAGCCACUCCCUCCCGUCGUGGCCGCGGAGAACGGCGUCCACGGAAACGACGACAAGGGGAACGGCGGCGCCAAGCAGAAGGAGAUUGUGCUGGGGAGAAAUGUGCACACGGCCUGCCUGGAGGUCACGGAGCCCGACGCUAACGACCAUUUCACCGGAGACAAAGACGCCUACAUGGCCGGGGUCCUCGCUCGCUACAGAAACAACUUGCUCGAGCGGACUAAGCAUCAUCUAGGUUAUCCUUAUAAUUUGGACUUUGAUUAUGGCGCUCUGUCACAAUUGCAACAUUUCUCAAUCAACAAUCUUGGGGAUCCGUUUAUUGAGAGCAACUAUGGUGUUCAUUCACGACAGUUUGAAGUUGGCGUCUUGGACUGGUUUGCUCGGUUAUGGGAGAUAGAGAGAGAUGAGUACUGGGGUUACAUAACCAAUUGUGGUACAGAGGGAAACCUUCAUGGGAUUCUAAUGGGGAGGGAAGUAUUUCCUGAUGGCAUUUUGUAUGCCUCCCGGGAAUCACAUUAUUCUGUGUUCAAGGCAGCUCGUAUGUACAGAAUGGAAUGUGUCAAGGUAGAUUGUUUGACAUCUGGUGAAAUUGAUUGCUCGGAUUUGAAAAAACAACUGCUUGCUAACAAAGACAAGCCAGCCAUCCUAAAUGUCAACAUAGGAACAACUGUCAAAGGAGCAGUUGACGACCUUGACCUUGUAAUAAAGACCCUUGAAGAAAACGGGUUUCCACAGGAUCGAUUCUACAUUCAUUGCGAUGGAGCUCUGUUUGGACUCAUGAUGCCUUUUGUGAAACGGGCACCGAAGGUCAGCUUCAAGAAACCAAUUGGUAGCGUGAGCGUCUCUGGACACAAAUUCGUUGGAUGCCCAAUGCCAUGCGGUGUCCAGCUCACAAGAAUGUCCCACAUCAAGGUCCUCUCCAAUAACGUCGAGUACCUAGCAUCACGAGAUGCCACGAUCAUGGGUAGCCGAAAUGGCCACGCACCAAUCUUCCUGUGGUACACCCUGAACAAGAAGGGCUACAAGGGGUUCCAGAAGGAGGUCCAGAAGUGCCUCCGCAACGCCCACUACCUCAAGGACAAGCUCCGCGACGCGGGCAUCAGCGCGAUGCUGAACGAACUCAGCAGCACGGUGGUGUUUGAACGCCCCCACGACGAGUUUUUUGUGCGCAGGUGGCAGCUAGCGUGCCAGGGGAACAUUGCUCACGUGGUGGUGAUGCCGAACGUGACGAUCGAGAAGCUGGACGGAUUUUUGGAGGAGCUGGCGGAGAAGAGGAAGCUGUGGUACAAGGGUAGUGGGGGAGAUGGAGUGGCGCCAUCCCCGCCUUGUGUUGCCGUAGAUAUCGGGAGUGAGAACUGUGAUUGUGGUUUGCACAAGUGAGAAAGACAGAGGAUUAGAUGCUUUGUUUUAGGAAGGAGAGAGCUUGCAUUCGUCUCUAAGGGUGGCUUUGGUGUUGUAGGGGUAGUCUUUAUUUGUUGUACGCCUAGAAUAAAUUGUGCUUCCUACUUAUUUACGAGGGGUUUCAUUGGAAGGAACUUUUCAACUAGCACUUCGUUGUUAUAGACGAACAGUGGAGUUACUUGGAGGAUGUAGUUUAUGGGAUGAGUUAGCUUGGUUACUAAAUUUCUAAUAGCCUCCUUGGCUACAUCAAUAUCGAUCAUCCAUUUUUAUCUUUUUCCUAUUUUUUUAAUCUCACGAUUAUGAUUGCUCAAGGAUAAUUUUGGAAACAAAAAAUAAACCACACUGGAUUAUUCUAUAUAUACACAAACCCUAAUUCUACCCUGCACCCCCCUCCCCCCGCCGACCCACCCCCUCCCCCACCGACCCCAUCCCACCCCACCCCCCUCCCCCCGCCGACCCACGUCCCUCUCUUCCUCCUCCACCCCUCCAUCACCCCCCUCCCCCCGCCGACCCCCCCCCCCCCCCCUCCCCCGCCGACCCCAUCCCCGCUGACCCCAUCCCAUCACCCCCCUCCCCCCGCCGACCCCCCCCCCCCCUCCCCCGCCGACCCCAUCCCACCCCACCCCCCCUCCCCCCGCCGACCCACCCCUCCCCCGCCGACCCCAUCCCACCCCACCCCCUCCCCCCGCCGACCCACCCCUUCCCCCGCCGACAUUCGGCUAUUGCCGCUUCUCCAGCUGCGCUCACCAUCAUCUCUGCAAUUGGAAGGAGGAAUUCCAUUGAAAUGGUAUGUUUUUUUUUAAUGGUAGUCAUUUUUUUCAGUAGUGAUUUUUUUUAAAUGGUAGUCAUUUUUUUCGUAGUGGUAGUGUUAUUGUCGUAUUGGUAUAGUUUUUGUCGCAUUGGUAGUGAUUAAAUCUGCAAUGGUAUUGAUGUUUUGUGAAAUGGUAGUGUUUUUAUUUCUUGAAUGGUAUUGAUGUUUUGUGAAAUGGUAGUGUUUUUAUUUCUUGAAUGGUAGUUUUCGUGUAAUGGUAUAAAUUUAUUUCUGCAAUGGUAGUUUUCGUGUAAUGGUAUAGAUUUAUUUCUGCAAUGGUAUUGAUAUUUUUCAAAGUGGUAGUGUUUGUCUAAUGGAUUGGUACUGAUUUCGUUUUUUUUUUUUUUUUUUGCAGAAAGAUUGAGAAAAAUAUGGAAAGGAAAUAUGGCUGGGGAUUACGGAAGUGAGAGAAAGAGAGAAUUUUAAUUAAUAGAUUUUUGUAACUACCUUAAAUGUAAUUUAUUAAAAAAUUAAUUAAUAUAAUUUAUUUUUUCAUACCCAAUUUACCCUUAGUAAUCACCGUAACCCCUCCUUGUAGUUUAUGGUUGGUGCUAUGCUUUUUGGCUUAGUAUUUUAUAGGGUUAAUACCUUAUUUUGGCCUGAACUAUAGACAAACUUUCUAUUUUGGCUCGUGGUAUCGGAAAUCGCUAUUCUGGCCUGAACUACAUACUUCCUUAUUUGGCCCAGAGGCGGGUUUGACCGUUAAAUUAGACAGCCAACAGAGUUGACCGUUAGUCACGAUACAACUCACUUGUCACGUUAGCUAACAAGGAAUAAAAAAAAUCAUUUUUUAAUCUGUAUUUUUACUUUCUAAUAAUAAAAAAAAUAAACAAAAAAUAUUAAUUAAAAAAAUUCAGUUUAUACUCUCCCUCCUCUCACCUUGAUGGGGAAAAAAAUUCCGGCACCCUUCCAAAUCCAUCUUCUCCGAAACCCUAUCAUCUUUCCCCUUGCUCACUCUCUCUCCCCUCACUCUGCCCCUCUAAACCUUCGCCGCCGCUCAUUACGGCGAGAUUCAUCUCUCUAGAAACCCCAACCCUCAUAAAACCUUACCUCGAUUGAAACCCCCUACUAUUGUUGAUUAUUGGGAGGGAGAGAGCGACCACAGAGGCGGCCGAUUUUGAGCCAAAGGAGGACGAGGAUGAACUCGUCAAAGUCUCCACACGCGCGCCGCAAAGCUGAUGUUUAUCAUUAUCGGCGAGAUUGGUCGUCGCCACAAUAGUCAUGUAUGGGUACUGAAUCGAUUUCGGUGUCGCUCAUCUCCUACGUUUGAAUGCGUUUUUGGUGGGUUAGGGAUUUGGGUUGCUGAAUCGUGUAAAUUGAUUUGGAUGACAAAAGCAUUUGGAGAUAUCAAUUGUAAGAGUUAUGAAGGGAAGGUGGUCAUGGGAAGCAGAAGCAUUGUCUGCUAAAUGGUUGGUUGGAAAUGGAAAUGGAAAGUGGCGAUGGGAAGCAGAAGGAAGGCAGAUCCGUGAGGAGAGAGUCGGAGAAGAUAAAGGAUUCUUGCAUUUUCUUUUGUUUAUUAUUUUGUUUGUUAGUUUUAUGAUAAAUUUUUUUUGUUAUGUUGUAACACUUUAGUCAAAUUCCACAUCGACAAAGCACGAGAGGGAUUCAUGGUUCAUAAGUAGGAAAGUAGGAAACUGGUCUUAACUGACAAGACGUGUUUUGGGGUGUAAUGGAGUUCUUAUGAGAACUUAGAAGUUAAAUGUGCUCAGUGUGGAGUACAACAAGGAUGGGUGACCUUAUGGGAAGUCACCUUAAAUUGUACCCAAGUCGAAAUCCGUGAGGGUCGAGGCCAAAAGCGGACAGUAUUUUGUCGGGAAAAGGUUCGGGGUGUUACAAAUGUGAUAAUAAAAUAAUAAACAAACGAAUAAGAACGUAAGAAAUGA